AUGCUCGGGGCGGGGACCUCCACGGCGGCGACGGAGGCGCGCAGGAAGUGGUGCCCGCUGCUCGAGCUUCUCUCCGCGGAGAGCGACGCGGCCGACGGGGCGCCGGUGUCGCUGAUGAUUGUUGCCCACGUCACGUACCGCUCCUCGUUGCUGGCGCGGGCGCUGCGUCGCUGGCGGAACCGCGCCGCCGCCGUCGUGGAGACGCGGCGCUGCCAGGCGUGCGUGGCGGCGGAGUGGUACGCGAGGCGCCGCCUGUUUCUCUUCUUCCGGGCCUGGCAGUGGCGCUAUAGAGAACGCUGGCGGGACAAAGCCAACGCUGCAGCCGCACAGAGGCACUGCCUUGCCGCGGCGCUGAGGCGGGGACUGAAGGCGUGGGGGAUGUGGGUACGCGCGAGGCGGGAGGCGAGGGCGCAGGCGGCCGCCAUGAGCGAGGGGCUUGCGAGGGCGCUUCUCCUGCGCUGCUGGCUUGCCUGGCACCGCCACUCCCUGCAGUGCAUUGCGUACACCAGGGUAGCGACUGCGGCGGCGCGGUGGCGCCGGCAGUCGUGUUGGAUGGCCUGGAGACUUGUGGCGUGGCGACGAAGCGCUCGUCGCCUGCGCGUGGCCGGGCUCCUUCUGCACCUUCCCGCAGCCUGGACGGCGAGUUACCGGCUGCCGGUCACGAGGAGCGGCUCUGAGCGUCCGCCGCCUUCUCCCCACGCCCGCCUCCUUUCUGAGCACGUGGCGUCUGAGUCGCUUGCGAUGCGGUUCUACUGGAUUCGUUGGCUUGGCGAGACCGCGCGGCGGCGCGGUAUGCGGCUGCGCAGGUAUGAGGCGGCCCUGGCGCGCAUAGCGCAACAUAGAGACGGGCGUGCCAGGUCCUGCGGCUAUCAACGGUGGCUCCUGCGCACGGUCAGCACACUCCACAGCCGGCGAACCGCCCUUGUCGCCCGUUGUAGGUACUUCUACAAAUGGCUCCUCUUCGCCGAGCGGCAGGCGUUGUGUGAGCGGCGGUGGAGCGACUUGGCGCGCCGUUGCAAAUCCCGCGUCGUGCAGCACUGGAGGGAGCGCACACUCCGGAGGCGGCUGUGCAGGCAACACGUUGCCCAAGCGGGUGAAUGCUACGCGGCCGCACUGCGAAGCCGCCUGCUUCCCCUCUCCUUUCACAGGUGGAUGCGACGCACGCAGUCGCGGCGUGAGUACAGGGCGCUGGAGCAGGCUGCAUACCACCGCCGCACAGAGCUUGUGCGCGAGCUCACCGUCAAUCGCCUGCUGAGUAGUGUUCUCCUGACCUUUUGGCAGCCGUCAGGCGAAGAAACUGCGCCCAGGGGGGAGCCGCCGCCACAGAAGGCAAAAGGCACGGCCGCCGUCGCCCACGCAACUCCAACUGCCCCUGCUUCUGCUUCUGCUUCUGCUUCUGCUGCCGCUGCUGGUGUGGGCCCCGCCCCACACACGCCCAGUGAAGCAGCCAUAGGCGUUGACCCUGUGGAGGCGCUUCGUCGGCGUCUCGUUGCCCGCUCCGCCGCCAUUCCCCUCGUGGGGCGCAUGAACCACGUGGGCGCCGCCGCACCGGCGACACGUGUUGCUGCGGGUGCUGCUGCUGGAUGUGACAACUCCCCUGCCCCUCUGGCGGCUCACGCGACGUCUCCUCCGAGAGCCUCAAACACCCUCGCCGAGGACGCCUUCCCCUCGCCGCAACUCGCUGCCCUCACGCCCGCUGCCUCGUUCAACACUUCAAUGGCAACUGCCUGUCUCGACGCCUCAGUUAGCGUUGCGGAAGGCAAGAAUCUGCUCUUGACGUACCGUGCGAUGUUGGCUACUGCCUCGGCGGAGCGUGAGGAGACUCGCAUACUUCGCGAGAAGCUCCGGCUGUAUUCUGCCCAGAGACAAAGCCGCACGGGCUGCGAGAGACGAAUUCAGCAGGCGGAGGCGCAGCUGCAGCAUCGUCUUCUUUUGCUUCAGCAACGGGACUUGGAUCGCCAGGCACUGCGGGCGCAGGUGCUGCAGAUGGCAAGGCAGCUGGAGGUGGUGCUACAACCCCCCGACACUUUCACUGGCCCUCCGGUGGAGGGACGGAAAUAG